AUAUCGAUGAGAGGAAGGAAUGUGUAAAUAGUAUCGUACAAUUUCUAUAAAAAACUGAUAAAUAAAUAAUACCGUGGUUUCACGGUUUCAAGAUACUUUCACGUUUCUACUCUCGCUAUACUAUUGCUAUUACUCGAUUAAAUAAAAUUUAAAUAAAACGAUGACACGAGAAAAGGACGGAGUGCGGAGUAACAAAAGCAACGAGAGUAUUCAGGAACGAAAAGCCGUCGAGAUGGAAAAUCGUCGACGAGCAUUGUUCAACAGAAGCGAAAAUAAACAGCGUUUACGUCAAGCACAUAUCGAGCGCAAAGAGACGAUAGAAGCAAUCAAAUUUCAUCAAGCUAAAAAAGUCUUUGACCUGAAAAUGAAACAAUCUGAACGCGCACACCGAUUAGCCCAAGAAUUAUCGCUCCGUAAACAUUUUGAAUUGGAAGAAUUUUUCAAACGGAGGAGAACAGGCGAUGCUGUAUCGAGUGUUUCGAGUUGCAAUGCGGAGGACAUGGAAGUUAAAUUAACCGAGAGGAGAAAACAAGAAGAGGAGGAGGGGAAAGAUUCAAAGUUAAACAGCGUAUGGCCCUAUACCGACGACUUUGACUUCGUGAAACAAGAACGACAGAAAAAACUAAACUACAAAAGAGAAUUACAAAAUCAGAUGAUAGACAAUUGCCGCAGGCAUCGCGAGAGAGAGGAGGAAAAGCACCGUGAACGCAAACUAUCGGAGGAUAUCGAAAAGGCACUGCGCGUAGAGGAUCUAGAAGCAGAGAAACGGAAAAAGGAUACCGCUUUUCUGUUGCAAUUCGAAAGGGAAGCCUUCUCGAAGGCUCGACAGAUUUGGAAAAACAAACGUAGGGAAAUUCUCAGACGGGAGUACGAUGAUAUUUUACGUAUGGUGGCUAAGAAGGAGGUUUUGCAAAAAAGUGAAUUCGAGCAAAAGACCGAUACGGACGCGAAGAAGGAUGCCGUAAUAAAAACGCUAGCGAUUAAUAUAAAGAACGAAGAAUACAGAAAAUUCGAACGGGAAGAAAUUUACCACGAGUUAUAUCUGGCAGAGAAAGAAGAUGAUUUUUCGAAUGAAGCACUCAAGCUGACUAUGAAGAAAAAGCAAACGGCUAAACAACUUUUACAAGACAUGGCGAGGCACCAAAAAGCUGCUGCUGAGAGGAAAGCCAAAGAAGACGCAAUCGAUGCGGCUUUCGGUAGGUAUCUGGCCGAGGAACGACGAAAGUUGGAGGAAAAGGAAAAGCGGAGGGAGCAAGUUCGCCGUGAGAAAAGUAUGCGAUACGGGAACGAAUUAAGAGAGAUUAUAAGGAAGAAUAGGAUACGACAUUCGCAAGAUGACGCUCCGGGCCGAUCCCCGUACCUGUAGCCGACUGAAACGGUGAGGUACGCGGAAGAGAGGAAGACGACGACGACUCGAAGCGGCGCAAAAGAAAAAUGCAACGACAAAUAAUUUCAAUGACUCACUAAUCGAACAACGCGUUGCAUACAUGUAUUCUAUUUUUCUUUGUAUUUUCUAUGAUAAGCAGGAUAUCGCAUUAAAUUCUCGAGUGUCUCGAAACUUUGAUCAAGAGAAUUAUUUUUACGUCUAUUUAUUGGUAUACAGAUAUAUACAUAUACAUAUUUAAAUUGUGUAUAUGUAUAUAUAUACAAUGGUGCGCAAGAGGCCGAUGCUCUCGUGGUUCUCGUUAUUUGUACAAAGUCCGUGUAAAAAUACAGCAGUCCUAUGUUGUGUGUAGGAUAUAAGUAGGUACGCGAUAAAUUAACAGAGUCUUGCCUCGGGCGUGUUUAGCGUUGAAAAAUCAAAUGGGAACUUUAGCGUCGAUCGAUCUUCUUUGUUCCAUGGAUCGGAUUUUUCUUGUCAGCCGAGGCAAUCCUCAAGCGAUCUCCUUCUACGUUUUACCCCUUCCAUUUGCAACAAUUUCACCAGAGACGUACGAUAUGACGAUUUUUUCGAUUUAGUUUAACGGACAGAGAAGGGGCUCGAGUAGAGAAACAAGGUGCACCUAUUCUGGUGUUAAGAAUAUGUUUACGUAUGUAUAAUGUAUAUGUAAGUACGAACGUUAGUUUUCUUAGUUAACGGCUAGUCGUUAUAGUUACUUACGAACUAAAAUUAAUCGUGGUUAAUCGCGUCACGAUGAUAAUCGGAAAAAUGAAUGUCUAUCGCUGAAACGGUAUACACCCUUGGAAACGAUAACAUUUUAAAAUAGAUAUACUUGUAGAUUCGCGAAACAUAUUCCUGAGAUCGUGGAAAGAAGUUAUUUUAUCGUUCCCCCUCGAAUCUUCUAGAUAGAUCGUUAACUUUAAAUUGGAUAUGCGAUAAGUUAAGUUUAAUACUAGAAUUUUGUAUACCUAAUACUAUGUGGAACCUGUACAUCCUCACUCGUCGACGUGUUUCUCUCGACGAACGUGGCUCUCGCUCUUAGCCAUCUCAGCUAAACCAUCUAUCGAAAACAUUUCGGAGUGUCGAGAACGAAUCAGACGAGGAUGGUCGGUCGACACGACACCACUGGCUCAGAACCGGUCAAAAUCUUUGACUUGGUAAUUUAACACAGAUCGACCUUAAAAGUAAAAUCACAUUUCCUUACGCAACUCAUUCGCCUGUGUUAAAUCGACAUCGACAAAAUUGUUUCGCUCGCGUAAUAAUAAAAUCACAUAUUCUUGCGGUUCAAGUACUCGUACACGCGUAUGUAUAUACACGAGCAACCAAUUAUUUUGUCAUUUUAUUACUACGUUUUAUUCGUUUAGUUUAAAUAGAAAUGGGCAAACGUGAACAUUUCUUCGAGUACCUACAUAUAUAUAUAUAUAUAUGUAUAUAGUAUAUACAUUGGAUUCUUUCAAUUUCCGACAUACUUGUCACAUGUAGCCACGCACGCGCUUGUAUAUGGAGAUCAAAGUAUGAAUACAUCGCGUACAUGUAUUCAACUUUCUGUUAAACGUUAAUUUUGUUGGAGUAUUUAUAGCAAAACCGUUAUUACUUGUGACAACUUGAGAGGAAGUUUGCCCACCUCUGUCUCCUAAUCGCAUCGAAUUUCAUCGACUGUGAACAAUUAGAAUAUUUAUCACUUUUCGUCGAUGAAACUACGUAUUUGUCGCACAUCUUUCUUACCGUUCGAAGCAUUUUCUUUCAAGAGUUUAAUAUCGACGACACACAGAAGCGCUUUCUAACACAUCAUUCUUGUGAGUCCUUGGCAUGUUUCGUAAAACUCUUUCUUUGUUUUUUUACCAUGCAUGAAAUUGUAAGCGUCGAUCGAUGUGGGAUCUUCGGUGAAGCAUUAAAAUAGGAAAAGAAGUUUGCGAACUUUGCGAACGAAUCCAAGAGUCUUGCGUAUUUUUACAAAAAAUUGAUCGCCGCGUAAAUAACAAAAUAUAUAUGUUUACGCGCGCACACACACAAUCGCGAACGAAAGGAACAUAAUCUCAAUAAUUACACGCAAGAAACACGUAGAGCGAUAAAUGGGGGGAAUGUUUCAUGGACACAAAAUAUUUCAAUGGAGUAAGCGUAUACAUUAAUAGCACCGCACAGCAAUCAUAGACUAUUUCGGUACAAUUAAUUAAUCAUCUUAUUCAGUUUCGAUACUUGCUGUUUAUCUAACGAUCUAUAAUUCGACGGGGGAAUAAAAUUCACGGAAACCUAGUAACGUGUCGCUAAUUCUCGUAUAUUUGUACAGUCUCAAAAAUAUAAAUAGUUUAACGAGUUCAUCGCCAUCAUCACCGUCAUGGUUAUCACAACCAUCAUAGUUAUCAUUAUCAUCAUCAUCAUCAUCAUCAUCAUUAUCACGAUCGUCAUCGUCGUCGUCGUCGUCGUCGUAACUGUCGCCAUCGCCGGUAUCGUCAUCAUUAUCAUUAUCAUCAUCAUCAUCGCUUACGUACUGGAAUUGCAAAUAAUCCGGCAAGGAUUACACUGCGAUUAGGAGUUGCCGGGCAUAGGAACCAUGAGAACAGCAUAUGAGAUAAACAGCAAGUCCAGGCAAAGUAUCGAAGCGAAAAUGAUGAUCGACAAUAACUUUUUUAAAAAGUGAAAAUCCCGAGGUAAUUUUGUGUUUAAAAUUUGUAUGGUAAGAAUGUAUCGAAAAGAGACACUAUGCGUUCCUUUUCGAUAACGAGGAGUACGGUUCAUCAUUAUUUAAAUUGCCUGCAAACUUGCUGUUCCUCUCGCAACUAUCAUCGCCAGGGAAACAAAAAAAAGUUCUCUUCCAACAGUGAGAUCCCUUUUCCGAGUUUCGUAGAGCGGUGUACAAUAUAAUAGGCACGAUGCAGCAGUAGGUUUAAGUGUUUCUUGUACCGUUGAAGGUACGGUAAUAAUCACGCUAUAAUUUGUCUCUCGCAAUGAUUGAAAGCUGAUCGAAUCCUUGAAAUACAGGAUGCCAAAAAAAGAUUAAAAUUCCUUUUAAAAAAAAGAAA